AUGUAUCCAUCAGUCAGUGACUCGUAUCAGCUCGGAGAGCCCCUACAGCUGUGUAUUGGAGGCAGCUACCAGAACUCCAAGGGCAAUGGCAUGUUCCCUGUCAAGAACCCCAUGACGGGGGUUACCAUAUACCAAUGUGCCUCUGCAUCGCUCGACGAUUACGCUGCCGCCAUUGAUGGAGCACAUUCAGCCCAGCGGUCCUGGGCCGCACUUGGCCCCUCAGCACGGCGACUGAUUCUCCUCAAGGCGGCCGAUAUCAUGGAGACGUACAUCGACAGCGACGCGCCAGAGAUUCUAUCGGCCGAGGUAUCAGCGACAAAAGGAUGGGUGAAGGCCAACAUCCUUUCCACAGCCGGAGUGUUCCGCGAGAAUGCAGCUCUAGCGACACACAUCAAGGGCGAAAUCGUCCCCGCCGACCGUCCCAAUACCACGAUCCUGGUCGAGCGACAGCCAGUCGGUGUGGUCUUCGCCAUCAGCCCCUGGAACAUGCCCGUGACACUGACCGCGAGGGCAAUCUGCUGCCCGUUAAUCUGCGGCAACACAGUCAUACUCAAGCCGUCCGAGUUUAGCCCCAAGUCCCAGCAUCUCGUUGUCCGUGCACUGGCUGCAGCUGGACUACCGGCCGGAUGCCUGCAGUUCCUGCCCACCAGUCCUGCCGAGACCCCUGCGGCUGUUGAGUUCACCGUCAAGCACCCGAAAGUGAGCAGGACAAACUUCACGGGCAGUGAGCGGGUGGGCCAAAUCAUUGCUGCAUUAUCGGCUUCCGUGUUGAAGCCAUGCGUUCUAGAGCUGGGUGGAAAGGCACCCGUCGCUGUCCUGGAAGACGCGGAUAUCGACAGCGCCGUUGAAGCAGUCGCAUACGGUGCUCUGUCCAACAGCGGACAGAUAUGCAUGUCCACGGAACGGGUGAUUGUUCAUCGCUCGGUGGCCGCUGACUUCAAAGCGCGACUGGUAAAGCGAGUCGAGAGCCUGCGGGUAGGAAACCACAUGGUGGACUCGAGCGUGCAGCUGUCAGGUCUGUUCAACGCCUCAUCUGCCGCACGCGUGUUGGAUCUUGUUAAAGACGCCGUUGCGGCCGGUGCUACACUCCUAACAGGCGAUAUGAAACUCCACGGACCAUGCGAUACGAUUAUAGUCCCCCAUAUCCUGGAAGGCGUUACACGCGACAUGGACCUCUUCUGCAAAGAAUCAUUCGGCCCCGUCCUGUUUGUAUCCGAAUUUGAUAACGAGGAAGAGGCCAUCUCACAGGCCAAUGACUCGGAGUUUUCCUUGUGUGCGAGUGUCUUCUCCCGGGACGCUCUCCGCGCAAUGGACACGGCCAAGCAAAUCCGGACGGGCAGUUGUCAUGUCAAUGGGUCGACUGUCUAUAUCGAGGCGCCGCUUCCGAAUGGGGGUGUUGGUGGUGCGAGUGGGUAUGGUCGGUUUGGGGGCAUAGCGGGCAUUGAGGAGUUUACGGAGAGGCAGAUUGUUAGUCUGGCGAGGCCGGGGAUGAAGUAUUCUUUUUGA